AUGCAUAACUUUGCUGAUUAUUUUCCUCUUGCUAUACUGUUGUUUCUUGUAUACACUUGCCAGUGUAUUCCCGUAGACAACGGUGUUGAAGGAGAUCCUGAAAUUGAGUGUGGUUCAGCAGCCAUCACCGUUAACUUUAACACACAGAAACCAUUUGAAGGACACGUCUACGUAAAGGGUCUCUAUAGUGAAGCGGGUUGCCGAAACGAUGAAAGUGGUCGACAGGUAGCUGGAAUAACGCUACCGUUUGAUACCUGCAACGUAGCACGAACUCGUUCACUAAAUCCUAAAGGAAUUUUCGUGUCGACAACUGUAGUUAUCUCUUUUCAUGUAAUUAGUUAUUGCAAUUUGCAGCCAUACUUUUUGACAAAAGUUGAUCGUGCAUAUCGAGUACAGUGCUUUUAUAUGGAGGCUGAUAAAACUGUUAGUGCCGAUGUAGCUGUUUCUGAUCUGACAACUGCUUUUCACUCACAUAGUGUACCAAUGCCAAUAUGUCGAUAUGAGAUUCUUUCUAACGGACCAGGCGGUCAGCCAGUAACUUUUGCAGAAAUUGGUGAACAAGUUUAUCAUAAAUGGACUUGUGAUUCCGAAACAACCGACACUUUCUGUAUGGUAGUACACACGUGCUUUGUUGAUGACGGUAAUGGAGAUUUAGUGAACAUUAUUAAUGCUGAAGGUUGCGCACUUGAUCGCUAUAUCCUCAACAACUUGGAGUAUCCUACAGAUUUGACGGCUGGCCAGGAAGCUCAUGUUUACAAAUACGCAGAUCGCUCGCAGUUAUUCUAUCAAUGCCAAAUUACCAUUACCAUUAAAGAACCAAACAGUGAUUGUCCACGACCGCAAUGCCCAGAACCAACUGGGCGAGGAGCAGGAAAUGCAGUUAGAUCAGGCGCCAGUCAAUUUGGUGGUACUGUUUCUUCUGCAGGUGUCGGUAGUUCAGGAACAGCUGCUGCAGUUUUUGAAGCUACAGAAUUAACAGAGAACGCUGAAAUGAAUGAAUCAGACCCAAGAAGUUCUGCAGCUUCACAAAAAUGGAAGUCUAAACAAAAGCGUUUUGCUAGAAAUGCUGAUUGGAGAAAUAAUGCAGCAGGAACAUUAGACGUACGAACUGAACUGAACACGUUAGACAUUAUGGAACAGGUAUGGUAA